GUUGCUCUUCUUCUUGUCAAAAACAAAAAGGACUAAAGACGAGGAAGCAGAAGAGGACACAAACUGUCACCUCCAGCUCUCCGAGACAGCAUGAAACUAACUCUGCUGACUGAGAGGAAGCUUUUAAUGUGACACUUAAUGAGAUAUUAAGUUUAUACAGCUGAAAAAAAGUCCAUCUCGCUCGUUUCCCUCCUCUGCUGGAGUGAGCUAGCUUAGCCUGUUAGCUCAACCGUGCGAAACAAGGAAGUCUGAAUGAACUUUGCUGCUAGCCUGCUCGCUAGCCGUGUAGCUGCUUUGAUUCAUUGUGCAGCUGAAGAGGCUCUUUGUCAGCUCUGCGGUGCUCAUACUGAUUAUCCGUGAAAGCGAAUCAAUCGGUAUUUCGAUCCAAUCUAACGUUAACCGGACUGGUGGUGCAGCAGCGUGCUUCGCUUCAGAGAUGAUUCCCGAUAAAGCGCCGAAGGAAGACGUCUUCCACGGAUCCGGGGAGCUGAAGAAGGAGGCUCACAUCCCCAACUUUGAGAAAUAUAAGGAGCUCUACACGCAAUCCGUAGAGAAUCCCGAUGAGUUUUGGGGUGACAUCGCCAAAGACUUCUUCUGGAAGACCAAACACACGGGCCGCUUCCUCGACUACAACUUCGACGUGACCAAAGGUGAAAUCUUCAUCAAGUUUAUGGAAGGAGCCUCCACCAACAUCUGCUACAACGUCCUCGACCGCAACGUCCACGAGAAGAAACUAGGAGAUAGAGUGGCCUUCUACUGGGAAGGAAACGAGCCCGGUGAUGAGUUGACGGUGACCUACAGAGAGCUGCUGCAGAGGGUCUGUCAGUUUGCCAACGUCCUGAAGUCGCAGGGAGUGAAGAAGGGCGACCGUGUGUCCAUUUACAUGCCCAUGGUGGUGGAGCUGGUGGUAGCCAUGUUGGCCUGCGUCCGCAUCGGAGCCGUUCACUCCAUAGUGUUUGCAGGUUUCUCUGCUGAGUCUCUGUGUGAGAGGAUCCUGGACUCACAGUGUUCACUGCUCAUCACAGCGGAUGGCUUCUAUCGAGGAGAUAAGCUGAUCAACCUGAAGCUGUUAGCUGACGAAGCGCUGCAGAAAUGCAGAGACAAGGGUUUUCCGGUUCAGAGGUGUAUCAUGCUGAAACACUUGUCCAAAGACGCAGAAGAGUCUCCUCUGGGUUCUCAGUCUCCUCCCGCCAAACGCCCCUGUCCUGAUCUGCAGCAGGAGAAACAGACAGGGAGAGUAAAGAAAACGCGUCCUGUUCUGCAGGUCCCGUGGAACCCGGAGGUGGAUCUGUGUUGGCACGCUCUGGUGCGUGGAGCGUCGGACGAGUGUGAACCAGAAUGGUGCGAUUCUGAAGAUCCUCUCUUCAUCCUCUACACCAGCGGCUCCACCGGCAAACCGAAGGGUGUUCUUCACACCGUCAGCGGCUACAUGCUCUACACUGCCACCACCUUCAAGCUGGUGUUUGACCACCAGCCGGACGACAUCUACUGGUGCACGGCAGACAUCGGCUGGAUCACCGGACACUCCUACAUCACCUACGGUCCGCUGGCCAACGGAGCCACCAGCGUCCUGUUUGAGGGUCUGCCCACCUACCCAGACGUGAGCCGUAUGUGGGAGAUUGUGGACAAAUACCAUGUGACCAAGUUCUACACAGCGCCCACCGCCAUCAGACUGCUGAUGAAGUACGGCAGCGAGCCGGUGAAGAAGUAUAAACGAGAGUCUUUGAAGGUUUUGGGGACGGUCGGCGAGCCCAUCAACCCUGAGGCCUGGCAGUGGUACUACAACGUGGUGGGAGACAAGAGAUGCCCCGUCGUCGACACCUUCUGGCAGACAGAAACCGGUGGACAUGUGUUGACUCCUCUACCUGCAGCCACACCCAUGAAACCAGGAUCUGCUACGUUCCCGUUCUUCGGAGUCGUGCCGGCCAUCUUGAAUGAGUCAGGAGAGGAGCUGGAGGGUCCGAGUGAAGGAUACCUGGUGUUCAAACAGCCGUGGCCCGGCGUGAUGAGGACGGUCUACGGAAACCAGCAGAGGUUUGAAACCACCUACUUCAAGAAGUUCCCCGGAUACUACGUCACAGGAGACGGUUGCCGUAGAGACAAGGACGGCUAUUACUGGAUAACAGGGAGGAUAGACGACAUGCUGAAUGUCUCAGGUCACUUGUUGAGUACAGCGGAGGUGGAGUCGGCUCUGGUGGAGCACGAGUCCGUCGCCGAGGCCGCGGUGGUGGGUAGACCUCAUCCUGUCAAAGGAGAAAGUCUCUACUGCUUCGUAACUCUCACUGAGGGAGUGACGUACAACCGCACGCUGGAGGCAGAGCUCAGAAAACAAGUGAGGGAGAAGAUCGGUGCCAUCGCUACACCAGACUACAUCCAGAACGCACCAGGACUCCCAAAGACCAGAUCUGGUAAGAUCAUGCGACGGGUGCUCCGCAAAAUCGCCUGCGACGAAAGGGACCUUGGCGACAUCUCCACGCUGGCGGACACGUCGGUGGUCGAUCAGCUCUUCCAGAACAGAUGCUGCUCUGCGGUGUGACGGCCUCGAAGAUCCUCGCAGGGAGCCUCCGACUGCAGCCGCACGCCAGCGGCCACAAAUCCAACCAGGGAAGAAAAAAGAGGAGGAGGAGGAGGAGGAGGAGGAGGAGGAAGGAGAAAGGAGGAGGAAAUUCCAAGAACUUGGUCUUGUCCAGCAAACAACCUUUUAGCUCCUGAUGAGGACGAGUGCAGCAGAGCCUGUAUUUAAAAAAUGACCCCCACUGUCCAUCAUAAGGUUUGCCAACAUCUGUCUGGUAACUGGUAGAAACUUCACGCUAACAAUAGUUAACUGAUUAUUUUAACAGCCAGAAGCAAAGUCUAGGAAUUAAUAAGUACAUCAAAAGUAGACGUUGAAACUGCAGUUAAAAUACAAGGCAGUGAUGUUUUAUGAUAGCGAGAAGCCAGGGGUUGUUUCUGGGUGAGAGGUAACACUUCAUUUCAGGUUUAUUUCAGUGUUUAAGCCAAUAACACACAACAAUAUCUACUUCUCUACUGCUAACUAAAGAUCUAGUUUCAGUAUUUGUACAGUAGUGAGUCAUCUGUCAACACAAUAGUUUUUUCUGUGGUCAAAAGAUGAGUAAACACACUGGAAUAAGUCCCAUAUGAAGUGUUACCUUUAACUGCCCUGUAGUUAAUAUAACAAGUCGUCUCCUCCCCUCGCUCGAUGCCAUAGUACUGUUAUGUACACUGAUGAUCAGCUGAAUCUCAGAACGCUCAAUAUUUCUACUAGUUUUAAUUUCUAUUGUAUUUUUUUAAACAAAUAUGUAGAUUUUUGUCAUUUUUUUUUUCUGUUUUUAUUUCAACUGAUUUUUUUGACAUAGGUUUUGAUGGGUAUUUUUGUUAGUAUGUCUGCACGCUUGUUUGUUCUUUUUCUUCUUUAAGUUGUAGAAAAGCCAUCAGACUCUUCUGUCAGUCUGGGAAAUGUGUUCGACGUCAUAAAGCUCAGACACCAAACAUCUGGCUCCUCUCAAAAGCCCCAAACCAGCUGCUGGUCACCAAAAGACCAAACACUGUUUCUAAACCUGAAAACAAGAGUCAAAUUUGGUUUCACCAUGUUUAGUUCCACAUUUCAUUCAGACUUUAUAAGAGUCUCUAAUUAAUAAAGGUACCAGAAUCACUUCCAAACGGCUGUAAUUAUAGAAGGGAAGCAUGGAUCAUGAUAGUGGUAUUACUAUAAAAAAUAAUAAAUGUUCCUUUAAAUCAAAGCUAAGGCUCAGUUGUCAAUAAGACAUCAUUGGUGUCAUUAUUCAUGGCUUUUGUUUAUUCAUUUCGAGGAAACAAGAGUAUUUAAGAUUGUCUUUAUCAAAGAAAAGUCAACCUGUUUGUGGAUCAAAACAAGAACCUUUCAAGCAAAAGUACAUCGCAUCAACGUAAUAACUGAACUAGGAGCUAAUUUGGGGCUUGAACGGUUUCUAUUCUCAGUUUGGUUUGUAGACAUCUGUGGUUUUGAGAAUUUGAUUCUGACUAUUUGAGUGAGAUGAACCAGAAGCAGGACCUCCGUAUAGAUUUAUCAUCAGCUUUUCAUUAUUAUUUUUUAAAAUUUUUUUGCUGUUUGUGUCUGAAUGUGCCAACCUAUGGUAAAUAACAGUGGAGCUGGGUGUAAAAAGAUAAUAAUCUAAUGUUUAAAAAAAGUGCAGCUGCUUAUUUGAUUCAAAAGCAUUUUUUUUUGUCUGUAUAAUAUCUCUAAUGAAGGAAAGAGAACAUUGCUGUUUGUUUUUUUUCUGUUCAUCCUCAGUUUUGUGUUGUUUUCAUUUCCCUGUUUGUAUCAAAGUGUAUGCAAUGACAGUAAAUGGACAUGACUACUGCCUCUCA